UUCGGCUCACCUCUCUUCUAUUGAAUUUAGUUGUACUUUUUCUUUUCUUUCUUCCUUUUUCUUUACAAGUUUUGUUGGCCUCUCGCGAGAAGUGUCUAACGGUCCUCUCCAAAACUCCAAAUUCCACAGUGAAACAUAAAUUUCUUUACCAGCAAACCAAAACUGCCUCGCUUUUGGCUUUACUUUCGGUGUUGCUUUGAAACCCUCUUCAAUCUGCUUUAAAUUUUUCAGUUGAUUUGCAAGCUCUGCAAUUUGAAAAAAGAAAAGAAAUGGCGGCGGAAUUCGGUCAAUAUCGUCUGCGCUGUGAGUUGCGAGGCCACGAAGAAGACGUUCGAGGAAUAUGCAUUUGUGGAGAUAUUGGCAUUGGUACAGGUUCAAGAGAUAAGACAGUUCGUUUUUGGUCAGUUGAUGAAGCAGACAAUAGAAAAUAUGUUUUAAAGAAGAUGUUGAUUGGACACAACAGUUUUGUGGGUCCUCUAGCUUGGAUGCCUCCUAGCGUGCAUUUGCCUGAAGGGGGGCUUGUAUCGGGAGGAAUGGAUACACUUGUUAUUGCAUGGGAUCUAAGCACAGCACAGGCUAUCCAGACAAUGAAGGGCCAUCAAUUACAGGUUACUGGUAUUACUUUGGAUGAUCAGGGUGACAUUCUGUCCUCAUCAAUUGAUUGCACUGUGAGGAGGUGGAGGAAUGGGAAAGCUGUGGAAUCCUGGCAGGCUCAUCAGGCUCCUAUUCAGACAAUUUUGAAGCUACCCUCUGGAGAAAUUGCUACAGGCUCUACUGAUCACACUUUGAAGGUCUGGAGAGGCUCGACAUGUGUUCAUACGUUUACAGGGCACACAGAUACAGUUCGUGGAUUGGCAAUAAUGCCAGAUGUGGGAAUCCUUUCUGCCUCUCAUGAUGGGUCUGUAAAGUUAUGGGCACUCUCAGGAGAGACUUUAGUGGAGUUGAUUGGCCACUCUUCUAUUGUUUACUCUGUAGCUGCUCAUUCUUCAGGACUUAUUGCAUCUGGUAGUGAAGAUCGUUUUGCAAAGGUUUGGAGAGAUGCAGAGUGCCUUCAGAGCAUUGAACAUCCUGGUUGUGUGUGGGAUGUGAAAUUCUUGCCAUGUGGAGAUCUUGUCACAGCAUGUUCAGAUGGAGUUGUAAGAAUAUGGACAGUGGAUCAGGACAGAAUGGCUGGAUUACCUGAAGUACAUGCGUAUGAGGCACAACUUUCUGCAUACAAGUGCAACACGAAAUUGGUGGGAGGUGUGAAAGUAUUGGACUUGCCUGGUAUGGAGGCUCUGCAGCAACCUGGAACAAAGAAUGGCCAGACAAAAAUUGUUCGUGAAGGUGAUUGUGGAGUUGCUUAUUCUUGGAAUAUGUCUGAAUACAAAUGGGAUAAGAUUGGUGAAGUCGUGGAUGGACCUGAUGAUUCACAGGGCCGUAAAACUCUUGAUGGUGUUGCAUAUGACUAUGUAUUUGAUGUGGAUAUUGGGGAUGGCGAACCAAUUAGAAAGCUGCCUUAUAACCAUGGAGGUAACCCUUAUUAUGUUGCAGAGCAAUGGCUUCUUAAAGAAGGGCUCCCAAUGACAUAUAGGGAACAAGUUGUAGAGUUUAUUUUGAAAAACACAGGACAGGCAAAUGUCCAUCUUGACAAUUCAUUUGUUGAUCCUUAUACUGGUGCUAAUGCUUAUGUGCCUGGACAACCAUCAUCUUUAGUGUCAGGUCAGACUCAGAAAUAUAAUUUCAAGCAUAUUCCGAAGAGGGGAAUGCUGUUUUUUGAUACGGCACAAUUUGAUGGUAUUCUUCGGAAAAUUGCUGAAUUCAAUAGCUCUCUGGCAUCAGAUGAGGGACAGAGGUUGUAUUCUCUAAAUGAUGGAGAAACAAGAAGGCUUAAUGCCAUUGUAGAAGUAUUGAAGGACACAUCUCAUUAUCAUACUAGUACUUUUGCCGACAUUGAUCUUAACAUUUUAGUUAAAUUGCUAACUUCAUGGCCAACUCAAAUGUUAUUCCCAGUGCUUGAUAUUGUGAAAAUGAUGGUGCUUCAUCCUCAGGGUGCAACCCUAUUUCUCCAAUUUGUGCAAAGUGGAAAUGAUGUUAUAAUGGAGACUCUGAGGAGGGCCGCAGUUGCUCCUGUUUUGGCUCCAAAUCAACUAACAAGCAUUCGAUUAGUUGUCAAUUGUUUUAAACACCUUUGUUUCAAGAAGUGGUUAGAAAGUCAUCGUAAUGAGAUUAUUGACAUCUUCUCAGAGUGUUGUUCAUCCCCAAACAAAAAUGUUCAACUAUCUUUUUCUACAUUGCUACUAAAUUAUGCAGUUUUGCUAAUUGAAUCAAAAGAUGAAGAUGGGCAACAACAAGUUCUCACAGCUGCUAUGGAGAUGGGUGAUGGACAAGAACAAGAGACGGAUGUGAGGUUCAGAGCACUUGUUGCAAUUGGAUCUCUUAUGCUUGAUGGACUAGUGAAAGACCAAGCAAUUCAAUUAGAUGUUGAAAGCAUAGCCACAUCUGCAAAAUGUUCCAAGGAGACCAAGAUUACCCAAGUUGGAGAAGAUAUUGAGCAUCUGAUUAAAACAUCGUAAUUUGAUUUUGCAUGCACGGGCAUAUGAUAAAAUCAAAUUCAUAAUUUGAUUUGUUCUUUUCUGCAAGUGAUUUUUUUUCUCUCCAAGGCUAAUUGUUUUCUGCAUGCUCAUUCACAUUGCUCUUAAUAUAAUUCACUUCUUGGCAGAAAUACGAAGUUGGUUUUUCAUAUGUUGAGGCUCUUGCAGAAAUAUUUAUAUGGUGACAUCCAUUUUAUCAUAAGAAAUAUGGAUGUCGAAAGCAGUUGUAAAAUUUGAUUUCAAAUCAAACAAAUAUACAUUUUAGUGGGACUUUUUAGUGGAGGAAUAUAUUCCGGUUUGACCUUUGCUUGCCAAGGGUCUCUUUAUUUAUGGUAUUUAAUGAGUGCAAAUUUUAUUGUUUCAGAAAAGUGAUGAGUUACAAAGGUAUCCACUGAAUGCACAUGUAUAGGUAAUUUCUAGCUGGCGCGGCAUGGUUAUUAUUAAAUUUGAGUUGGCUUUCUAAUGAUUGAUUAUGUAAAUAUUUAUUAAGUCGUACCAUUCUCAUGUUUACCUAGCCUACUCAAAGCAUUGUUAUUGGGGACCAUAACGAAAAUCAUAACUUGAUAUGAAUUUAUUCAAAACAUUUAACCAA